GCCUUUCUUUACGGAUUACUGUUUAAGGGAAAUGAAUUUAGUGGAAAAUUGAUUCACGGAUUAAUUAACUUUACAUCUUUAUGAUGCAUUACUGUGCAUAUCUUCACUAUAACAAUAGCCGUCCUUCUCAGUCGUGCUAGGCGCAUGAAACAGCAGUUUUUGGGGCUCCUGAGAGUUUCAGACACAGACUCACAGCUAGCUUCUCGCUGCUUAAUAACACACGUCUUCUUUCAUUAUUUUUAAAAUAAUGCAUUCAUUGAUGGCAAAUGUUCUCCGUUACCCUGAUACCGAGACUAGUGAGGUGAAAAUCAAGAUGACUGACAGUGGGGACCUUUGUCAUCACUUGGACUCUAUUGGUGAAGUAACUAAGGAGGAACUGAUUCAGAAAUCAAAGGGCACAUGCCAGUCAUGUGGAGUAGGUGGACCCAACCUCUGGGCAUGUCUACAGUGUGACUGUUCUUAUGUUGGCUGCGGAGAAUCAUAUUCUGAUCACAGUACUAUACAUGCACAGGCCAAAAAACACAAUCUGACAGUAAACUUGACCACAUUCAGGGUGUGGUGUUAUGUCUGUGAGAGGGAGGUGUUUCUGGAACCAAAGCCUGUUACUCCUGUAUCAUUAGCUCACUGCUGCAAACCACGUGAACAGGAUCCUCUUCCCCAAACAACAUGUCACCCAUUAAAAGCAGUUCCAAUCGCAGUGGCGGAUGAUGAUGGCUCAGAAUCUGAGGAGGAUGAGCUCAAACCUAGAGGUCUCACAGGGAUGAAGAACAUUGGGAACUCCUGUUACAUGAAUGCUGCACUGCAGGCCCUCUCCAACUGUCCUCCUUUGACUCAGUUUUUCCUGGAUUGCAGUGGGUUGGUCCGCACAGAUAAGAAGCCGGCGUUGUGUAAAAGCUAUCAAAAGCUUAUCUCUGAGCUCUGGCACAAGAAACGGCCAAGUUAUGUUGUGCCCACUAGUCUGUUUCAUGGAAUCAAACUGGUGAACCCCAUGUUUCGUGGCUACGCUCAACAGGACACUCAGGAGUUUUUGCGAUGUCUGAUGGACCAACUUCAUGAGGAGCUGAAGGAGCCUUUGACUGACUGCAGCGGUGCAAUCUCAGAUGUCGAGCCUGACCACAAGGUUGACAGCCGUAAUCAUGUCGAUGGAGACCGAAGCCCUUCUGAGGAUGAGUUCCUGUCGUGUGACUCUGGAUCAGGAAGCGAGAGAGGAGAUGGAGAGAGAGCUGGAGGAGAAGCAGAGCUGCUCAUCCAAGAUGAAUGUGUGGGAGUGAGAGGAAAUGGAGUAAUUUCGGAGAAAGAAAGACUAAAGGAGAGAAGAGGAGAAGAGAGGACACGGGAAAUGGAUGAGGAUGCAGAUGUGGACACCACUGCACAAGAAGGACAGGCAGAGAGAGAAACCGAGGCAACAACUGCAACCACACAUGUGCCGGCACCAAGAAAUACAGAACCUGAUAAUGAAGCCUCCAUGCAUUGUUCAUCCUCUCGUCCCUGUAGCCCCACUCACAGUGUGCAGGAACUCCACUCCAGACUCUCCAGCAGCCCACCAAGAUCCACCCCCCUCAGAGCUGGACCCACUUAUACGCUCAAGAAAGCUCAGAUGCUCCUAAGCACCAAGAAGAAGAAGCAGUCCCGUUUCCGCAGUGUUAUUUCGGAUAUUUUUGACGGAUCCAUUCUGAGUCUUGUUCAGUGUUUGACAUGUGACAGGGUUUCAACAACCGUGGAGACCUUUCAGGACCUCUCUUUGCCUAUCCCGGGUAAAGAGGAUUUGGCCAAACUCCAUUCCUCCAUCCAUCAGAGUGCUACUGUUAAAGCUGGUGUCUGCACAGAAGGCUAUGCCACCCAGGGCUGGAUCUCCUACAUCAUGGAAUCUAUACGAAGGUUUGUAGUGUCGUGUAUUCCCAGUUGGUUUUGGGGCCCAAUGGUAACGCUGGAGGACUGCCUGGCAGCCUUCUUUGCUGCUGAUGAGCUGAAAGGAGACAACAUGUACAGCUGUGAGCGAUGUAAAAAAUUGAGAAAUGGUGUGAAAUAUUGUAAAGUUCUGCGUCUGCCAGAAAUAUUGUGCAUUCAUCUGAAGCGUUUCAGGCAUGAAGUCAUGUACUCAUUCAAGAUAAAUAGCCACGUGUCAUUCCCAUUGGAGAGUUUGGAUCUUAAUCCCUUCUUGGCUAAGGAUAGCCCAUCUCAGAUUACUACCUAUGACCUCCUGUCUGUCAUCUGUCAUCAUGGCACUGCUGGGAGUGGUCACUACAUAGCGUACUGUCAGAAUGUGAUCAAUGGACAGUGGUAUGAGUUUGAUGAUCAGUAUGUAACAGAAGUUCAUGAGACAGUAGUGCAGAACGCUGAAGCAUAUGUUCUCUUUUACAGGAAGAGCAGUGAAGAAUCUGUGAGAGAGAGACAGAAGGUUGUUGCUCUGGCUAAUUUAAAGGAGCCCAGUCUGCUGCAGUUCUACAUCUCCAGAGAGUGGCUCAACAAGUUUAACACAUUUACUGAGCCCGGACCCAUCACCAACCACACUUUCCUCUGUCAGCAUGGAGGAAUCCCUCCUACCAAGUACCAUUAUGUGGAUGAUCUGGUUGUGAUACUUCCCCAAAAUGUGUGGGAAUAUCUCUACAACAGGUUUGGGGGAGGCCCGGCCGUGAAUCACUUAUACGUGUGUGCCAUCUGCCAAGUAGAGAUCGAGACUUUAGCCAAACGGCGGAAACUGGAGAUAGACACUUUCAUAAAGUUAAAUAAGGAGUUUCAAGCUGAAGAAGCGCCUACAGUCAUCCUGUGUAUCAGCAUGCAGUGGUUUAGAGAAUGGGAGAACUUUGUCAAGGGCAAAGACAAUGAGCCGCCAGGCCCCAUUGACAACAGCAAGAUUGCAGUAAUGAAAGGUGGACAUAUCCAGCUUAAACAAGGAGCAGACUAUGGGCAGAUAUCUGAAGAAACAUGGCAGUACUUGUUAAGUAUUUAUGGCGGUGGGCCAGAGAUUGCAGUGCGGCAAACAAUCAGCCCCCCAGACACUGACACGCAUGGUGAGAGGAAGAUCGAGGCGGAGACCAGAGCCCUGUGAAAUGGUGAGACACAUAGAAUAACCACAAAAGUAUUUAAAACACUAAGCCACACUUAUAUGUGUUAUGUAUACUUCAAUACUUUCCAAAAGUUUAGGGACAGUAAGAUUUUAACAUUUAUUUUUGUAUUAUCUUUUUUUUUAUAUGUGGCUUGUUAAAACCUUGUACUCUUCUGGUUCAACUGUUUGAACCUGAGGGGAGCACUUUAUACAUCCUCUAGUCUGAGAAAGUGAAGUUAGUUCUGAGAAAAGCUCUAGCAUCAUUAAUGCCAGACAUGUUUCAUCAGCGUAUGGUACAGACAGGCUGAUUUGUCACUAAAUAAGACAUCGCCCUUGUGUGUGUGUGUAUGUGUGUGUCAUAACAGAGUUACAAGGAUUCUUCAGUUAUGGGGAACUUUUACUUCUUGAAAUUCUAAUAAAAUUAAAGUUCUUCAAACUUGGUUUUUAAAAUAUU